AUGUCCUUGGGACCGCUCGCCCAAAGCGCCGAUAAACAAGUUCUGUUCGCUCGACUUGGACUGAAUGAACAAAUUCAUAAGUUGCUCCUUCUGGAAGCCCAGGUUGCGAGGGAUACCUUGAGCAGGAAUCCCCUCUAUUUGACGGACCAGUCUAAAGCCGAUCCCAACGUAGCAACACCCUACAAGUGGGACGAGAUUUCUGAAACUGCGAAGCAUUUGGAAAUCCUAACCGUUGUCAACAACGCCCGGCAGGAAACGAGACCUUACUAUCACCUGGGUCGUUACAUGACUAACGUCAAUGAAGAGAAUUGGGUUGCGAGGUGGUACCUUUGGCACAGCUUCCGCUAUAGGGACAAUAGACCCCGGUCCACGGCGAACAAUGGCAGCGAGGGGUAUGGAGGGGGGCAAGGUCCAUAUGGCGCUGGCUACUACGAUCCAGCCCGGGAACGCUACCGCUGA